GACUUUUUUUUAAAGAAGUGUUAACAGGUGCCUUUGGCAUGGCCCUCAAAGUUCUCCGGUAGUUAUGCAUUCAGCAAAAGAAAACCCCGCAUCAUGAUAACUCUCUGUCAAAACAAACCACCAAACCAUACGAAACCACACAUACUCUCUCCAUUCGUUUAAGAGAGGCAGACAACACUCAUCUCCCAAAUUCUCUUGAACUUUUCCACUUUGUUGCUGCUUCUUUUCAAAUCAGCCAUGAAUCCCAGCCAUCUAGCAAGAUCAUUAGUCCCGAAUUCAGUGCCGCAGAUCACAUAUGCCUACUAUCUGGUAGCGGCAUGCCUCUUAGCGCUAGCAGUGUAUGCAUUGUGGGGACGAAAGCAGGUCUACCUCAUCGAUUUUUGCUGCUAUCGGCCACCCGACAUGUACCGAAUUCCAAUGUCCACAUUCAUGGAGCACACAGUGCUUAAUGAGGCAUGGGACUCGGCGAGCAUUGAAUUCCAGGAAAAAGUUUUGGAACGUUCAGGGCUCGGAUACGAGACAUGCAUGCCCCCGACCAUUAGUCACUUGCCUGCUGAUCAUUCUGUAACGGGUGGUUUAGAAGAACUCAAAAUGGUGGCCUUUCCCAUAAUCGAAGAAGUACUGACUAGCAAUCGUGUGAGCCCCAAAUGUAUAGACAUUCUGGUGACUAACUGUAGUCUAUAUUGUCAUACCCCCUCGUUCUCGGCCAUGGUGGUGAACCGAUUUGGGAUGAGGAGCAAUGUGAAAACCUUUAGUCUUGCUGGGAUGGGGUGCAGUGCAGGGCUCCUCUCCAUAAGCCUGGCAAGAGACCUCCUCGGGGUGCAUACCAACUCCUUGGCACUUGUGGUCAGCAUGGAGAUCCUUAGCUCUAAUGGCUACACUGGCAAGGAGAAGUCCAUGUUAGUGACCAACUGCCUCUUUCGAAUGGGCGGCGCGGCCAUUCUCCUCUCGAACCGUCGCCAGAACCGGCCCUCCGCCAAGUACAAGCUCCAACAUCUGGUUCGCACCCACAUGGGCGCAGAUGACCGUGCCUACCAUUGCGUCUUUCAGGACACAGACACAGAAGGGGCAGUUGGUGUCGCCCUCUCCCGGGGCCUCCCCCAUGUUGCUGCCAAUGCCCUGCGCACCAACAUUGCCACCCUCGGUCCCCUCGUUCUUCCCCUCACCGAGCAAGCUCGUUAUGCGCUCUCUGCGGCUCGCAAGGCCCUAUGGGCCGCUAAAUCCCAAUUGUACAUUCCAAACUUUGGCAGUGCUUUCCAACAUUUUUGUAUACAUGCUGGAGGUCGGGCAGUGAUCGAUGCGAUAGAGGAGAAUUUGAAGCUUAGCAAAGAGCAAGUGGAGGCAUCUAAGAUGACAUUGUUUAGGUUUGGGAACACCUCGUCCUCGUCGAUAUGGUAUGAGUUGUGCUACUUGGAGGCAAAGGGGAAGGUGAAGAGGGGGGACAAGAUAUGGCAGAUCGCGUUUGGGAGUGGGUUUAAGUGCAACAGCGCGGUCUGGAAAUGCAUUUCGGAUUUGGAGGGGAGACCGGAGAAUGCAUGGUCGGAUCGGAUCGAUCGCUACCCAGUCGAUGUACCCCAAGUCAUAGAACAUUGACCCCUCUCUUUCUCUCUGUCUCCCUACGGUGUGUUUUCAUUACCUUGCCUGUGCUCUGUACUUCCUUUCCCUAUUCUCUCCCUCUCUCUCUGAGGUCUAAAUUAUGAGUGUUAUGUGUAUGAAGGUUGGAAGGUGGUGUUUCUAUGUGGAAUAAGAACCUUUACUUCCAAAGCUCGCUCACUUGGGUAAAUAUGUGUGUGGUUAGACUCCGGGCGUACUUUUGGAAUUUUAUCUAGGAAUAUAUGUUAAAGGGUAGCCCAACAAGUAAACCAUGCGGUAAGAGGAUAUUUCAUGUCCAAAUUUAUCUUGGACUUAUAUUGUUGCUGGAUUUGGUGACUAGGUCAUACAGUCGAAAUUAUCGCGAUGGAUUAUCUAGAGCAGUCAAAUCGGGAUCGAAAGAAAAGACGUU